GUGUCGUCUGCAAAUGUAUUGUUUUUUUUCGUUAUGGCCUUCGGCCCUAUUGUAAGUUUAUCCUCUUCCAAUUGAUUUUUGGUUUGAGCUGGAAUUGAAAUCAGUUUUUUAGGGUUAGUUCCUUUAUUGUUCUUAGGUUCUAAAUAUAUAUCUUUAAAUAAAGAAGCCGGCCUGAAAUACUUCUGUAUCCAAGCUUUGGGAAGAGCUUUAUUGUUUAUAAGGGGGGUGGUAAUAUAUUUUGAUGUAGUUGAUAGAUUAGUUUUUAGGGUACUAUUUCUGUUUAGAUUAAGAAUUAAAUUAGGCCUUUUUCCAGGUCAUUUUUGGGUUCCUUCAAUUGUGGCUGGAUUAGAAUGAAUUCCUUGCGUUCUUAUAUUAACAUGGCAGAAAAUUCCCCCUUUUGCCCUUACUGUGAGUCUAGUCAGUUCUAGUAAUUAUUUGUUGCAAGAGCUUGUUCUCCUGCUAGGAGGAAUAAGGGCCUUAGUUGGAGGUUUAAUUGGUAAUAAUCAAACUUCUCUUCGUCCUAUGAUUGGUGCUUCCUCAGUUGCCCACACUGGAUGAGCUUCCGUAGGAGCCGUAUGUGGAAGUUUGUGGUUGUAUUUUAUUUUAUAUUGUCUGGUUUUGGUUUUUACAGCAUCUUUUUUGUGAGAGGGAAAUAACCUAUUAUCUUCUAUAAGUAUUCUUUCUUUGAGAGGUUUACCUCCUUUCGUUAUAUUUAGAGGUAAGUGAAUAAUUAUCAAGUCCAGGUUAUGUUGUGCAAUUAGAAUUAAAUUUCUUAUUUUACCGAUCCUUGGAACUUUCAUUAGCUUGAUCUUCUACUUAAAAUUCUUGUAUUCUUUUUAUUUAAAUUCGGAAAAAGUUUCUUUUAAAAGGAAUAUUUCUUGAAUCCUGCCUUUAGCUUUUUUGAACUUGGCUGGGGUUGGUUAUAUUGUCUUUCUCUAA